CAAACUAUUUCUAACAUAACAUUUUCUGUUACCAACGAAGGUUUAACUGAGGAACCAAGUGGAAAGUCAGACAGUGGUACAGUCAAACAGAGGAAGAUGAGCAAGAAGAACACUGAGGAAGAGCCCAAAGCCCGAGCACUUACGUCAACAAACAGUGACAGGUUAGCCUCAGAGUCUGUUGAAACAGACCUGGACGUCCAGCUGCAUUGUUCGUCCAGUUCGGAGGCCGAGCCAGAGAAGGUUGUCCUGCGAGCGGAGAGCCCGCCUCUUGCCAGCGCGUUCGCCCUCUCCACAUCCUUUGAAGAAGAUGUCCUGGACCUAAAGUGAAGACAAUCCCAUCGUGCACUUCUCUGCCCACCCACUCCUGUACUGUCACCAUUAUUUUAUUGUUUUUUUAUUUAGUUUUGGUUGGUUUGCUUUUAAUUUGUUGUUUGUUGAAUUGUUUUUUCUUGUCUUUUUUUGUUUGUUUGUUUAUAUCCCUGUAUCUUGGGUCUCCCCAUUCAUUGGACAAGAUGGGUGCAGUGGGAGUUAGAAGAUGUGUCUGUGUACGUGUUUGUUUUCACAAGCAGUCCCUCAGCCACUGUGUCUUGGGUGUUUGUGUUGCCCCGCAGCAAAUAACCCAAAGAGGCCAUGAGGUUGUGUAAGAUGCCGUGGUUUAUUCAGAGUUCUGCAACAGCCUUGAGAUAAUGUUAACGGUUUGAUCCCAAACCACAAACUGAAUGUAAAUCUGCGCACGAGGCACGACAAAAAUCUCAUUCACAAUGCCCUCUGAAGUUGGUAGAGCUUAAUAUGUGUUGUAUAUUAUGUGAUUAUUUCCAACCCACUUUGAAUUGCUGUAUGAUAUGCAUAUGUAUGUGUACAUCUGUUUAUACAUGAAAAUGCAUACACGGUGAUGGGCGUGUAUGCCUGUCUUGCCUGUGAUGCAUAUUUAUAGAUAUAUUAUAAAAAUUAAUUUUAUUCCCAGAUUUAGUAAAAGUAUGAUGUUUUAUGCUCUCUGCACAUAUUAGUCCUUAUUCCUCUCCCUAUUCACAGUAUACAGGUAGACAGGGCUGGAGGCUGGAAGUCUCCCACAAGUGCCAUUUCCCAGCAUCCUCCACUGAACUACACCUCUAACAGCACUAUACUCUGGUGUCUGACAGUAGCAGCCAUGAUUGUAAUCCACAUUAGAUUACAAUGUUGGCCCACAGCUCCAUUCAACUCCAUUUUGAAUAAAUUCACUUAAGGGAGGCACUCUCUCAAAGCCACAUGCAUUCAACAUUUUAUGAGCCGACCUUAAGUCUGCAUGACCUGCCUUUGCUACGGGUGCUCUGUCGUUUGUGGCAAAAAAAUAAUGCUUCUUUGGAAACCACAAGGUCUACAACAUCAUACCAAACAUAGCUGCAAAAGGAAAACCACAACCUGAGAUGAAAGAUAGUGUUGAUGUUAAAAGGACAAACACCUUUUUUUACUAGACUGUCAUGUUUGAUGGCCAGAGGUACAGCAGAUGGUACAGCAAGGGAAUUAUCGACAAAACCACAAAUUUUUGAUAAUAUUGUCUUAAACUUAAAUGAUAAAAGCUGAUUUUUUUUUUUUUUUUUUUCAAAAAAUGAGCUAAAAUUAUCUUGAAUACUAAUUACACUAAAAUAAACUUAAGUGUGAAAUAU